AACCGCAACAACGAGUACACAUAUAAUUUAAUUUUAGAAUUUUUAUUAUUUCAAAGUACAAAUCAUACACGUAUAAAACCUACAAUUUUAUAUCUAAUUUUUAAUGUAUAAGAAGUAGUUAAUCCUAAUACUUUCUAUAAAGAUUAUUUACUCAUACGUUCAAAUUCCAUAUAAUGCAUGUUUAAAACGUACAAUCCUGCAAAUAAUCAGUAGCGGCCAUAUAGUACCUACUAAAAUGAUGUUGGCUAUUACACUUUUAUGUUUGGGUACAAUAGCAAGUUUACAGUCCGAAUUUCCUCCUUCUAAUAUAGCUUAUCCUGACAUAUUAUUUGGUUCAAAAACUCCUUACUUCGUAGCACAAGGAGACGAUUUAAACAAACUUCAAGAUCACGAAAUCAUUCAAAUAUUUGGAAUAUUUCGUCAUGGAACUAGAAAUCCUUCAGAAGACGAUAACAAUGAUAUGAAAGUAUUAAAUAAUAUAAAAAAAAAUAUAGGAUCAAAAGCUAAAAUUAGUUCAAAUGAUAGGCAAGCAAUUAAAAAUUGGGUAAAUUUAGCUGAGAAAAAUAAAAAUUUAAUUGACCAAGGAAAGAUUGAUAUGGAACACUUAGCGACAAGACUACGCAAUAAUUUCCCAAGUAUUUUUACAAAUAAAUUCAACUCUGCAAUACACAAAGUUCUAUCAUCAAAUGAGGAACGUGCAAAAGAUAGCGCCGUAUAUUUUUUACAAAAUGCUUUUCCUGAUACGAAAAUUAAAAAAAAAAAUGUACCAGCAUGGGAAGAUAAUGAUGUUACAUUAAAUAUUGACAAAUUAAGAGAAAAACUUAGACAAAAUAAAAAUAAAAAUAAUCCUGAUAGUGAAGUCAAUAAAUUUCUAAAUGGUGAUAAAAUGAAAAAAACAAUUAUAAACGUUACAGAAUUAUUAAAUUAUAAUUCAACAUUUAACUAUAAGGAUGUAAAAGCAAUGUACGAAGCAUGUAGACAUGAUUAUACACGCAAUAUAGAAAUGUCUAUGAAUUCAAAACCUGCAUGGUGUAGAGUAUUUACAAAAGAUGAUUUACUGAAUUUAGAAUACUUAGAUGAUCUUAUUUGGAAUGAGAAGUUUGGAUACAAUAGUCAUUAUGGUGACAAAUUAGGUUGUCCUUUAAUAAUGCGAAUUAAGAUGAGUUUCGAAGCUGCAAUAUCAAAUCCAACUGUCAAAGCUGUAUUAAACUUUGGACACAGAUCAAAUCUUUUUCCAACUUUUACUAUGUUAGGUCUAGCGUAUGAUGAAACGCGUCUUUCUGCUGAUAACAUGGAUAAUAUGUCUAAUAGACGUUGGAGAACUUCAUUUUUAAAUCCCUUUUCUGCAAAUACCAUAUUAAUUUUAUCCAAAUUCAAUAAUAAAUUCUACGUGUCAGUGUUUGUCAAUGAAAAUAUAGUUGAUUUGACAAUAGAAAAUAAUAAAACGUGCGAAAUUUGUGAAUGGUCUCAAUUCGAAAAAAAACUCAACAAUUUUAUAUUAAAACAUAACAGUAAUAAUCAUGAAAACAAUGGUUGUAAUUUUGGUUUCAAUAUAACACUUCCUUAGAAUAAUAUCAUUAAAAGUAAAUUAUUUUAUUUUUUAUUUGAGAAUUAAACUAAACAACUUAGCACAAUAUAAUUGAACCCUAGUUCGAAUACCAAGACCGAUGCGUUUCUAACUGAGUUACAUUGAUAAUGUUAUUUAAGCAAUAAUAAUAAUAUACUUAAGUACUAAUUAUUUUUAUUAAAUAAUUUAUGAAUUUUGUAUAGUUUUUCUUUUGUAAAAUUUAAUAAUAUAUAAAAUAAUAUAAAUGUUUUGAUAAAUAAAGUUCUAAUAUCUUUCAUGUAA